CGUGUGGAAAAAAAUGGAGCAAGUGCGCGUCGCAGUUUAGGCUUUAUAAACAUACACGACGUCGUUUGAACUCUUCAUCUUCCAUUUUUCCUGUAGCUUUUCCCGUAUUUGUUUUUUGGUUUCUUCCCAAAAAUAAAAUCAAAAAUGAGAUUUCUUAUAUUAGUAACGAUCUUAAUAAGCUUCUUCUUCUUCACAGUGACUCCAAUCUCAGCCAAAUUCUAUACCAACGUAUCUUCAAUCCCACCGUUACAAUUCCUAAACGCAACGCAAAACGCGUGGGAAACGUUCUCAAAACUCGCCGGUUGUCAUAUCGGAGAAAAAAUCGACGGUCUCUCCAAACUCAAACGAUACUUCCACCGUUUCGGUUACAUCUCCGCCGCCGCCGUCGAAAACUGCACUGACGAUUUCGACGACGUGCUCCAAUCAGCGAUCGACACGUACCAGAAAAAUUUCAAUCUCAAAGUCACCGGAAAACUUGAUUCCUCCACUCUCCGGCAGAUCGUGAAACCACGAUGCGGGAAUCCGGAUAUGAUCGACGGGUUUUCGGAAAUGAACGGCGGAAGAAAGCUCCGUGCGACGGAGCGGUACUCGUUUUUUCCCGGGAAGCCGCGGUGGCCGAAACGGAAACGAUAUCUGACCUACGCGUUCGUUACGCAGAACAAUCUGACGGAAGAGAUCAAACGCGUGUUUGCACGCGCUUUCACUCGCUGGUCGGAGGUGACGCCGUUGAAUUUCACGCGCUCCGAAUCACUCCUCGGAGCUGAUAUAGUGAUCGGGUUCUUCUCUGGUGAACAUGGAGAUGGUGAGCCGUUUGAUGGAGCGAUGGGGACGUUGGCUCACGCUUCGUCUCCUCCUACGGGGAUGUUGCAUUUAGACAGCGACGAGGAUUGGUUAAUCUCUGACGGUGGAAUCAGCCGUCGGAUUUCGUCGGUGACGUCGGUGGUGGAUCUUGAAUCGGUGGUGGUUCAUGAGAUCGGUCAUUUGCUAGGGUUAGGUCACUCGUCGGUGGAAGACGCGAUUAUGUUCCCGGCGAUUUCUGGUGGUCAUCGAAAAGUGGAGUUAGCUAAGGAUGAUAUUGAAGGGAUACAGCAUUUGUACGGUGGGAAUCCGAACGGAGACGGUGGUGGUGGUGAGAAGAAGAGUAGCCGUGAGCGUCAAACUAGCGGUGGUGAUAGCUUGCGUCGGUGGAGAGGGUGUGUGUUUAGCUUAUCAUUGGUUGCCACGUGUAUUUUCUUUAUUUGUUUUUAGACACUAUGACAUUAUAUGCUCCUUUUAUUUUGGGGUCAAUAUUCUAUUUUAUUUUUCGUUGUUUUUCUAAAAGUAAAUAUUCUAUAUGAUUGGUUUGUGUCCAACAUUGGUUGUGUACUUUACCAAACUGGUUAUCAACAUUGGUUGUUGUACUUUACCAAACUGGUUAUCUAAAUAUUCUAAAUCGACAAAA